AUGAAAUCAUUAGAUUCAAUGGUAAACAGUAUUUCUAAUUCAUUAGGAAACUAUAUGGUUAAAGAUCCAAUAGCAUAAGGAGGAGGAAGUUUAGUUUUUAAAGUUUAAUCAAGAAGAUCAAAGCGUGAAUAUUUUUAGGAUUGGAAUAUUUACAUUAAAAAAAAUAUACACAGAGAUUUAAAACCAGGAAAUAUUAUUUUUAAAAAAAAUGAUAAAUUGAAAAUUUGCGAUUUUGGUCUGGCAACUAAACUAGAUGACUAUGAAACAGAAAAAGAUACUGUAUGCGGGACUCCUAAUUAUAUAUCUCCAGAAAUAAUAAUAGAGAACCGUAUGGCAUGA